UAAUUUAUAAUAAUUUAUUGUGCUACAUCAAUAAUAUUUUUUAAAAAAAAACACACAUUAGUCGCGAAAAAAUAUCUUUCUAAUAUACGUGAUUUGUUCGUUUAAAAAAUUUUUUUUUUUUUCGAACAUAAAAAAAAUAGUUAAAAACAAUUCUGAUUGCGGUGCUGAUUCUUAGCGGAAUCGCACUCAGCAAGAUGAUAGAAUUUCAAACAAUCUUCUUCACGCUCAUUGCAAUUCUUUUGGGAAUUUUCAUUUUUACCGGAAGUCGAUGGAAGUUCUUUUAUAUUCUUUACAGGACCCUACCAAGGGAUCUUUUAGGAGCUUUUCGAUUUCUCAAAAUCAAUGCAAUUCUUUGGAUUUGGGAAACUAGAAGACUGACAGUUGCCAGAGUUUUCACUAAUCUUGCCAAUGCUCAUCCAGAUAAAAUUGCAUAUAUUUUCGAGGAUAAAGAAUGGACUUAUCAAGAGUUGGAAGAUUUCAGCAAUCGAAUAGGACGUUUUUUUCGUCCCAAAAGAGGGACAAAAGGUGACAGUAUUGCACUGGUGAUGGAAGGACGAGUUGAAUAUAUUGGCACUUGGUUAGGCUUAAGUAAAGCCGGAUAUGUAACAGCCCUUGUGAAUACAAAUCUUCGGGGUGAUGUUCUCGUCCACAGUAUUAAAGCCGCCGAGUGUAAAGCUAUUAUUUUUGGAUCAGAGCUAAAAGAUGCAAUCAAUGAAAUAAGGGACAAACUUCCUGACCUAAAGCUGUAUCAAUGGUCUGAAAGAUCUGAUUCACCAAUUUUGGAUGGAGUUGUUGAUUUAAACUCAGCUUUAGAUAAUACAGAGCCCGAACCACUAAAGGUUGAUCUCGAAUUAUCUGGUCCUAGAGAUAAAUUAAUCUAUAUUUAUACUUCAGGAACUACCGGAAUGCCUAAGGCUGCUGUUAUUAAUAAUUUAAGGUAUAUGUUGAUGACGUGUGGUGUUUACUCUAUGUUGGGGCUUCGAUCGACAGACAGAAUUUAUGAUUCUCUACCCCUUUAUCACACAGCUGGUGGAGUUGUUGGGGCAGGUCAAGCUCUUUUGCGAGGAAUUACUGUCGUUCUUCGCAGACGUUUUAGUGCCUCCAAAUUUUGGUCUGAUUGCACACAUUACGAAUGCACAGUAGGACAAUAUAUUGGGGAAAUUUGUCGAUAUCUGAUGACGGUACCACCAAGUUCAUAUGAUACGUCUCAUAAAGUUAGAUUGCUGUAUGGAAAUGGUCUAAGGCCACAAAUUUGGGAACCAUUUGUGAAAAGAUUUCAAGUUAAGCAAAUUGGAGAGUUUUAUGGAGCCACGGAAGGAAAUUCUAAUCUAGUAAACAUUGACAAUCGAGUCGGAGCUGUAGGAUUUGUGCCAAAAUAUGCAAGUGCCUUAUAUCCUGUUGCUUUAUUGAGGGUAAAUGAAGAGACUGGACAGCCAAUUAGAGGUCCUAAUGGUUUUUGCAUUCCCUGUAAACCCGGUGAACCAGGUGUUUUUGUUGGAAAAAUUAAUCCCAAUAAGGCUGUUAAUGAUUUUAGUGGUUACGCCGAUAAAAAAGCCUCCGAGAAGAAAAUAAUUCGUGAUGUUUUCAAAAAAGGCGAUAGAGUUUUUAAUUCCGGUGAUAUCCUGGUAAUGGAUGAAUUGGGAUAUUUCUACUUUAAAGAUAGAACUGGAGAUACAUUUAGAUGGCGUGGUGAAAAUGUAUCAACAGCUGAAAUUGAGGCAGUAAUUAGUAAUGUAAUUAAUUUAAAAGAUGCUGUUGUUUAUGGGGUUGAGGUUCCUGGAAAUGAGGGCAAAGCUGGCAUGGCAGCGAUUUACGAUCCAGACAAGUCGUUGAACUUAAACAAUCUCGCUGAAGGUGUACAAAAGUCGUUGCCAAAGUAUGCUAGACCAUUAUUUGUUCGUGUUCUUGCUCAAUUACCAAUGACUGGUACAUUUAAACUAAAAAAGAAGGAACUUCAACAAGAUGGCUUUAAUGUAACAAAUUUAAAAGAUCCAGUCUAUUUUUUGGAUACAUCGGGAACCUAUGUAAGGCUUAGCGAAAGUUUAUAUAAUGAAAUACUUUCCGAAAAAGUCCGCUUGUAGUUAUAUAUAUUUCAAUUCAAUUGCAAAAAAAAUGAGAUAAUUAAUGAAUUUUGAAAAUUCAUUUCUGAUCAUAGAAUUCAUGAUAGGAAUCAAAUGAAAAUUAAAGGGGACCAAACAGACAUUGCAUAUCAUUAGAAAAAAAUUGAAUUUCAUUUACAAUUAAAAGAAAAAAGAUAUAUAUAUGAUACGAAAAAUUAUUUGUUCUCUAUAUAAAUAUUGUGUUGAAAAAUAUUUGUUUUCUAAUAUAUAUUUAGAUUUUAUUUUUAAAAUAUAUAUGUUUAUUAAAAAAAAAACAAAGCUAGAAAAAUUAAAAUAAAUUUACUUUAUAGCAGAUAUAUAUAUAUUUUUCUGUAGGAAAUACAAAAAUU